CGCAGUAGAUGACUUAUAAAAGGUGGUCGCAGAACGAAUCAACAAGACAAAAUCUUGAUUUUAUUGGUUACGUUAUAGUUAGAAAAAAGAGUGAGGAACAAACAUGACGAAACACAUUUUAAUAACAUAUUCUAUGUUCUGUCUCGUAGCGACGCUAUCUGGUGGUUUUCCUUUUCAGGAUAAAGGAGACUCCAAAACAAAUAUUCACGGACAUAAACAUCAUUUAUCAUUCAAUAUCUUUCGAAGAAGAGGAGCACUUACCGGAACUUCUUUGAAACGCAGUCUUGACGCAGUUGACACAGCUGGAUUUGGCAGACUUCAUAAACGAAAUUUUGACGAAAUUGAUCGGGCUGGAUUUAACGAUUUUCAUAAACGAAGCUUGGACGAAAUCGAUCGGGCUGGAUCUAAAGAAUUUAGUAAACGUUCUGCCUUCGACAAAAACAACUGGGUUGACAAUGAAGAAUCGGGUAACGAUCAUUUUUACGAGGCUGAGAGCCUUAGACUGAGUAAACGAAACUUCGACGAGAUUAGUCGAAGUGGAUUUGGAAGGCUCAUAUCAUACCAUCUUAAAGAAAAAUGAGCAAGGUAGUGAGCUAGAAGUCUACUUAAAAACAACUGGAUUGACGAAUUGGGUAACGAUCAUUUUUACGAGGCUGAGAGCCUUAGACUGAGAAAACGAAACUUCGACGAGAUUAAUCGAAGUGGAUUUGGAAGGCUCAUAUCAUACCAUCGUAAAGAAAAAUGAGCAAGGUAGUGAGCUAGAAGUCUACUUAACAUUAUUUAUCUGUUAAACAUUGUGGAUUCGCUAGGAGAUACGUAAAACAUCUACACAACUGCAUGGCCAUUCUUUGCUGUGAUUGUCAUAUUUUGUCAUGCAUGCAUUUACGAAUAAACGUAUUUGCUGUUUAAUCUAGAUUUAAAUAUGCAAAAGUAGUUUAAUAACAUUAAUUUUUGCUUUAAUAUUGUUGCAUGGAUGAGAUUAUUUAUUACCUAAAUUAAUUUUAGUUCAUUUUAUGAUCUAGUGAGAUUGUUAUAAACGUAUAACCAGAAUUAUUUAAAAGCUUUGUUAUCAUGUGAUGUGUGUAUAUAUUUAGUUUUAUUAGUAUGUAAUGCAUCAUUACUGGAGACUGCUAUUUCAUUAUUUUUCAAACUUUAACCUACGUUAGUAUUGGUGAAGCAAUUUUUAUUGGAAUCUUUGAGAGAACAAAAAAGUUUAGCGUCCACUGUCGUUAAGCCCAUAAAAAGUCAGUUUUUUAAUCAAUUAAGAGAUUGCUUUAAUUGAGUUUAAAACAAAGUUCAAUCUUAGCUGAUUUCGAUUAUUGAUUACAACUUAAAGUAGGUUACAGUCUGGACAUUACCCGAAUAAUAUUUAUCAUCAUCAGAAAUGUAAAACAAAGGACUAGCCACCUUGCAGGAAUUAUGUCAAAAAUAACUGGUAUUCGUAUUUAAGUGCAGGUUUGUUAAAAUAUUGACGCUGUUUGUGGAUAACUUAAGCUGUAAAAUUGGGCAAAAUCAUAAUAAUUAACGAAGUUUAAUCGAACUUGAAUUUGGUAUGAUUUGAUGAGGUUUUUAAUUCAAAAAUUCCAAUUUACCGAUUUUCGGGAUACUAAUAGUUUUUCUUUAAUAAAUAUCAAUAAAAAAGAACUGAUUUAAGAUGUAGGAAAUGGUUCUUAUUUGACUUACGAGUGUGAAACAUUAUAUGCUGUUGGUAUUAUGGAUUUAUUAAAAGCAACAAUUUUUUUGUUUGUUUUAUUAUUUCAUUAAUCUAAGGUGUUUCGUGUUU